UGAGUGUCUGCCAGGAGUUGUGUGACACUGUGACAUGUUUAUUUGAGUGCUUGGAAAUACCACGAUGUCCCAUGAUAUGUGCAGUUUGAAGUGUGCGCAGGCAAAUAAACUAGUGAUUGUUGAGUAAGAUUCCAUACCUGUACGGUAAGUUCUGAACGGUUUGGUUUUUGACAUGGUUCCCUGUAAGAGAAAGGUUGCUACCUCACAUCCUGAUUUCCAAGCGCCAGUGGUGCUCAAGAUCCGGCGCUGGUAAGCACUCAUGGCCACUGGUCGCAGCUUAGAGCUUCAGAGCACUGAAGUGAGGUGACAGUGCAGCCGGAGGUCUUCUGAUGAGUCGACGUGUCUUCUUCAGCAAUGUGCCCUUCAGCACCACCGAAGACACCUUGGUCGAAGUCUUUCAGUUGGUUGGGGAGGUUGCAGAGCUAGAGCUGUUCCAGACCGCCCAGGGCUUUCGCGGCAUGGGCGUGUGCAUCUACAAGGACCCCAAGGAUGCGCAGGAAGCCAUCUCUCGGCUGCGAGAUAUGGACGUCGAUGGCCGAUCCCUGUGGGUCGCAGAGGACACUGGUAAGAAGCUUCACUCCAGCGCAGACCGUGCUGCACACGAAACGCCGCCGCCUGCGCGAGCUGCGCGGGGGGUGAAAACUGCUGAGCUGCCAACGGAGGUCUUCUUCAGCAAUGUGCCGUAUAGCACUUCUGAAGAGACCUUGCGGGAACUCUUCAACAGCUGCGGGGAGGUCUCCUCCCUCCAACUCUUUCGCCAGAAGACCGGCGAGUCGAGGGGGAUGGGCGUGGUCUCCUUCCUGGACCCGGACUCGGUGCAACGUGCCGUCCAAACGUUGAGAGACCAUGAGGUGGGUGACCGCAAAAUGUGGGUCUCCACGCACGCUCGUGUUGUUGCGGAUCGUGGGGCUGUCCAGCCAGUGAGCAGUGCAAAGGUCUUCUUCAGUAAUGUACCCUUCGAUGUGGGAGAGGAUCAGCUGAGAGCUCUGUUUGAAGAGGUCGGAAUCGUCCAAGAAUUAACGAUUUUCUUGAAGCCCGAUGGUCAGUCCAGAGGCAUGGGACACUGUACCUUCCAGAACCCCGUCAUGGCCGCGAAUGCCAUCCGCGGGCUGCGGGACCGUGACGUGGGGGGGCGCCCCAUUUGGAUUGCGGAGGAUGUGAAGAGUCCAGGGCCACAAGCCACAGCGCCACAGGCACUGCCCGUGCAACACUUCGCCCCAGUGCAAAUGGUCCCGGUGGCUCCAAUGGGACGGAUCCCGCGCUUUGAAACUGUAGCGAUGGCUCCGUUGGCCCCCUCGGUCCCCACCUCCGCGCGGAUCUUUUUUAGCAACGUGCCCUUCGAUGUCUUCGAGAAGCAGCUGGAACAGCUCUUCCGGAGCAUUGGGCCUAUCACAGAGUUACAUCUCAUGAAGUCAGCCGAUGGACGGUCCCGUGGGAUGGGCCAUGUCACCUAUCCAACGCCCGAGUUGGCGGCUUUGGCGAUCCAUCACCUCAUGGACCGCGACGUGGGAGGUCGCCCUAUCCUCGUGAAGGAGGACCGUUCCACCAUGCAGACAGCGCCCAUGAGCGCACCUCUGCCGAUGCGGGCAGCGAUGCCACGUGCACCGAAAGGCCCACCCUCAAAUGAGAUGUUGGCAACAUCCAGCAAGAUCUUCUUCAGCAAUGUACCCUACACUGUGGGCGAGGAAGAGCUUCUGAGCUUGUUCCGGCAGGUGGGCGGCGUGCUGGAGUUGAACCUCUUCCGGACGGAUGAGGGACGCUCGAGGGGUAUGGGUCAUUGCUUAUUUCAGACGCCUCAAGAGGCACAGACCGCGAUCCAAGAGCUCCGGGAUGUGAACGUGGGUGGUCGCCCCAUCUGGGUCUCGGAGGACAGCCGCGGAAAGGCGCCGAACUCGGCGGGAAGGACCUCGCGCCCGCGGCCGUAUUAGCCGCCCGAA